AUGGUAAAGGUAAACACCCUCCUGGCAGCUGGCCUCAUGGCCCUCACUGCUGCAAGCCCAGUGGCAGCGUCUCCCGUGAACCCAUCACCCACCACAGAUGACGGCACAACGACCGCAACUUCGGAGAGGGAAGUAGCACCACUACCGCUGUUCAACACAAGCAACUUGGAACACGCCGCAGGAUACCAGGCUGCGGAGAUGCUAAAACAAACCCCAUCCUUCACUACCCUCAUCGGUACAAGAACAACCUCGCUCGGCACGAGGACAACCUCGCUCUUCAAUGGAACCGUGUCAGAAGAGCUAGAACCUAGAAGGCUCCGCCCUGGUCAAGUUGUCCUCGGCUGCCACGGCAAAUGUGACAAAAUCAUCCGGACAAUCGACCUGAGCCUGCCAGUUCCAUCACAUAGCUGCGUCCGCGAUGCUCUCACUGCUCUCGCCAACUGGCGCAAAUACUGCGACAACGCCGACCGCUGGAACAUGGGCGUGAACUUUGUGAAUUUCCAGCACACUUUGCUCUGCUUUCCCAACGCGCCCAACGUCGAAAUUUGCUGCGGCAAGUGGGUGGAGAAGGACGACCCGAAGUACGCCGUCUAUCCGCCUCGUGUUGAGGAAGAUAGAUUCGGCGUGUACCACCCAUCUGAGAUGGGUACCAAGAAGCAAGUUAUUCAGCCUGGAUGGGACGAGUACAACGUCGAACGCGAUCGAUGCAGGAGGUGGAGACCAGAGAACGAGGAUCAGUACAUCUACUACAUGCAGAAUCUGGACAAGUACGACAUCUGGGACGCGGAUGAUACGGGCAGGGUGAUUGGCAGUAAUCCCGCACGAUACAACCCUGAGGGAGUGGGAUAUUUGGUAACAAGAGCGAAUUACCUCGCCGCUUGA